UGCGCGCUGGGCGUUCAAAAUAUUGACGUCCGAUUUAAGUAUCCUCAAAAUUCCGACUUUUGCGCGCAAAACGUGGAGUUUGCAAACUUCGGUGGCGUCGGCCGACGAGUGGUAUUUGUGCCAAGAUGGCCACUACGGGAACCGAGCCGCGGUUCACCCUGGAGCAGCUGGACCUGCUGAUGCGUCUGCGCUCAAUCCUGCAGAGGCUGCAGCAGACCGGCCUGUCGCAGGACAGCAUCUUCCAGGCGCUCGGCACCAUGCAGCGCAUCGAGACCGUCAACACGGGCAUCUACGGCAUGUCCCCACAGGUCAGCCACGUGACCAUCCAACCUCAGCUGGCUGCGAACCCGACGCAGUUCAUACAGACGGCGCAGAACAACCUCUUCCCGGCAACGUCCAUCGUGACGGUGCCGCAGGGGGUGGUGGUGGCGAACGGAACAGCCCCGCCCCCUCCGCCUGCUGCCGUGGUGAAGGUGGAUUCGGGGGGAGGAGCGGCGGCAACCGGAAUGCUGCAGGCCAAGGACAUCCUGAACACGGACACUUCAGCUGAGUCAAUCACAGAGGAGGACCUGGAGAAACAGGUGGAGGAAUUGCUCAGCAAAAACAUCAUGGAUGUGAAAGAGGAAAUCAACAAGUUUCUCCACGUCAAGGGCAUUCCCCAAGGUCGUCUGGCCCAGGCUACCGGGAUCAGCAGCAGUUACGUGUCCCUGUUCCUGAAGCAGGGGCUGGACAUGACGGCCAUGAAGAAACGAGCCAUCUACACCUGGUUCUUAAGGCAGAAGCACAGGAAACCAGGCCCACUUCCCAACGCAGGUGGCUGGAAGUGGCAGAAGAAGCGCUCCCUUGACGACCCGGAUUACGACCCUGCCCACAGCCCCGGCAACCAGCGCCGCGGGUCCAAGUUCCACUGGCCGCCGUCCGCGGUCAUGAUCGUGGAGAAGUACUUCCAGCAGAACCCGUACCCCACCGAGGGGGAGAGGGAGGAGAUUGCAAACGCCUGCAACGGUGUCUUACAGAAACCAGGUGAAGAGUUACCUGCCUACAAGCUGGUGAGUCCUGUCCGGGUCCAGACCUGGUUCAUCAACAGGAGGAGGGAGGCCAAGAUCAAACAACAACAGGAACAAUAUGCACAGGAUAACGGGACCCGCCAGUCUCCGCGGUUGGAAGGAAAGGCGAUGACUUUUCAGGAGGAGAGUGACCUGGACAGCGAGUCAGCGGAGUCUCCAAAUACUGGAGCAGCGCUCAACACUGGCGAACAGAGCCAACUCACCGCCAACAGGCAAAACACUGAGGACAUGGACCCUGCCCGUCUGGAGGCGGAGCUGGCAGCUGUCAAUCGAUCCAUCAUGGUGCUCGUCAACCAGCAUCAGGACGAGGAGACCGAGGAGAAAAAAUUCAAAUGGGAGGUCUCCUAACCUCCUGACUACUGUGUCAGCUUACUACAGCCAGCUGCUGCCUGCAAAACUGGUGUGUUACACUGAGGGGCAGUUAUAUCGGCUAUACCAGCUAUACAGAUACAGAUACUGCUGUAUAUGCAACCAGACUUACCGAGGAUGCAGCAAAAGUUCUAAGCAGCAAGAGGGACUUAACAACAAACUUUACACAUCAAAAUCAGAAGAAUGUGUUAGAUGAAUUUCUUCCAACUUCUUUCCCUUUUGCUGAUGAUUUGUUCCAUACAAACACCUGUCCUCAAAGCAAGGAUUUCUUGGACUGAAUGUACAGUAUAUACAUGUACUGUAUUUAUUUAUUUAUUUGCCAGGACUCUCUGGAAUUUGACUUUGCCUACUAUAAGUAAUUAUAAAAGUAGAAAAAGUUAGAUAGAUCAUUUUAGAAAAUUGACCAGAAAUAUGAUUUGAUAAGUUUACAUCUAGAUGUUAUACACAUAGACGUGUAUAAGACAGAUACCAGGCUAGGUUUAUUAAAGGUCAGUGCACUGAAAACUACAUGAUGCUGAGAUCUUACAAACUAAGACGUCGAAAAUUGUGAACAUUCAGUUGUUUGUCAAAUGUAUUUAUUACAUUACAUCCCUUUGUAUAUAUAUUCAACAGCUGGCAGAUUAAAUGGUAAAUCUCAUGUGUUUCGAUAAGUGUACAUAUAGUCUAAAUCUCUUGAUAAGGAUUCAUAGGUGCCAAUUUUCCCCCAUUUGGUAGAGGAAACAUGUAUAUCACAUAUAGUACUGUACUAACAUGCUAUGAGAAUUGAAACUGCCAAUAGAAUAGAUAGCUAUUUAUUUCUGCCGAUAUGCCCAUGACUUGGAUAUUGAUUUUUGUUGUUUUAUUUCUCAAAAACCUCAAAAACAGUGAAGUAGUACAAUUGUUAUUUAUAUGCCUUAGGCAACAAUCUCAUUAAAUGUACUUUUGUAUCAAUGCCAUUAUCAUCGGGUACAACUGUUUGUGCAAUAAAGUCUGUGCUUAAAAUGU